AUAGAAUUUGAAGAUACAAAUGACAUUACGAACCUCAUCUACCAUCGCCUGACGAGGAUGUGGCAGCGGCUAGGAAGCUGUAGCUCCGCCCUCCGUCCUCCUGACGACGAGCUGCUGCACUGACGUCAGGUGGUGCUCUCGACCUACUGAUGUCAUCAUGAAGCCUUCUGCUGAAGCGAAAAGUCCUUCUAGCCAUGGUUCCGCUGUCACAACCCCUUCUACAGCUUCUGUCAAUCCUGUCAAUCCCUCUUCUGUCACUCCUGUCAAGCCCUCCUCUGGUGCCUCUGUCACUCCCGUCAAGCCCUCCACUGGUGCCUCUGUCUAUUUUGACGCAUCUUUUUCGGGUGCUUCUGCUGCAGCUCACUGUUCCACCAUUGCACCUGUCACUACCUCUGCCGGUGCUUCUGUAAUGUCAUCUUCCACUAGUUUCUCCCCCACGGACUCCCAAUCUCGCGCUCAUUUGUCCGGCAGCUCUGCAGUACCUCCACUUCCUUGCCGCCAGAUGGACAGUACCGACAUUUCUCCUGUCAAGAGCAACGAUGCAGAGACCAGCAAUGUCGCAGAGACCAGCAACGGCGCAGAAACCAGCAACGGCGCAGAGACUAGCAACUACACAGAGACCAGUAACGGCUCACCAUCAGAGGAAGUUUGUACUGCAUGUCCUCCAGCAGUUGCAAGCAAUCCUAGAGUUCCAGCUGGUGAUAGCAACGACCAGUUUGCUACUUCUGCUUCCCCGAACAAGUUAUGUGUUGGGGGAGGACGAGCUAGGCAAACCAAAAUCCCUUUAGGGAAACGAAGUGGAGGCGAUGGAAUGGAAAGUAAAAUUCAAACUCUACCAAACGUCGCUGGUGCUUUUUCAUCAAUUGAUUCAAAUUCGAGGAACUCCCGUGGCGCAGCUUCCACAUAUAAUCACCUCCCUGCUUAUCCAACCUCCUUAAAUUCUCCUUCAACCUCUCAUUCUACGCAAACCAACUUGAAUGAUUCACAGAACUCUCAUAAUUCAUGUGCGUCAAAGUGUAAUAACCAUUCAGCGGCAUCAAACAAUUCUAACUUAUCUUCCAAAUUGUCGCCUCUUAUACGGCAGUCGUCUCGUCCGCGCGCCCCCCGUCGAGCUUCUGCGAGUCCUUGUGCUAAGAACAACUUGACUGUCGUGGCCAAGGAACGUUGUGCACCUGCACAGCCCAAUUCUCCCUCGUGCAAUGGGGCCCAAAAUCAUGAUGCUUCUGAUUUAAACAACUCCAGGAGAUCUUCUGUUAAGAACGUGCCUAGAACCCGCCGCUUCGGAAGUGUUCAUUCAGAGCCUUAUGGGCAGGGACCAGACUUUGGUAACGUUGUUUGCGACUCUAAUAAUUUCACGCGGUCGUGUAGUACGAAGAGUUCUGACCAGGCGAAGAGCGUCGUAGGGGCAAGAGACUCACCCCCUCCCUUACCUUCCCUCAUAUUUCAUCCCCAGCAACUCUGCGACCCUCAGUCGCCCGAGUUACUUGUUGGCAGCAGUCCGGAGGAUCUCGAAUUAUCCCAGCGCGAUGACGGCAACGUAGGUUCUUCCCAGCGCGAUGACGACGACGUAGGUUCUUCCCCCAGCAGGAGGUUUAACCUCACGCCCCUCAUCGCACGCACGCCCCAAAAAUCAACCCAGUCUCCUCACCGGAACCAAAAGAACGCCAAAAAGUUUCAAAUGCCUACAAGUGGAGCAGCGGUACAGCGUAACCAUCACAUACGCAACCUACAAAUCCACAACGAGCUCUUGUGGCAGAAACAGCAAAAUGACGCAACGCAGGCGCAACUUCUCAACUCUCGGAGUUCCCAAUCACUAGCGUCAAGAUACGCUCGCAAAGAUCCACAGUACGAAAACCAAUUGAGUUCCUCUCCUUUGUUCAGGCGGUCGAAUCAGAACUCUAGUACUACCAUUCGCUCUCCAGGUAGCAGUGCAAGUUCUCGGAUCUUCCAUCCUCUUAGUUACGACAUCACGUCUGAGUUGGAGCGCUGCCCAGCUCCGGGCUAUGAUGCAAACUUAACGGAUUCUGCAGCUCAUCGACUGCAAGCGUCGUCAAAUUUCGGAGGUGGUUUGGAAUCGCAAGGAAAACCUCCAAGGUUCAUCAACGGCUUAGAAGCAACCGAAAGGACCUCUGAUUUUGGCCGAGGGUAUAGAGGUCAUGAACCGCGAUCUAAUAUUGGAUACGUUCGAGGAGCAAAUGAAGUCAAUGCUGAUUUCGAUGAAAUUCAGGAGACCAGCGUAACGCGAGGCUUAUUAGGGGGUGUAACAUACCAUAACUUUGUCGGAUCUGAACAAAAUUCUGGCUUGUUGCCUCCUGGUCAUUUGGUGAAAAAACGCAAGAAGAUUACGAAGUCUGCCUCGCCUUUUGCCGUCUCCAAAUCCUUCACAUGUGAAGGCAAGACUUCAACCAACGAAGCCCUUAAUAUGCUUGAUAGACGCCCUAGCGCUGAUUCCUUCAUCCGCCUGCCGCUUGCUCGAAAGUCUCCAUCAAAGCUCUACUUGAAAUCCAAAAGCCUCAACGAUCAACUGGACCUGAUGCCGAGUGUCGCAAAUGUGUGUUGUAAUCCCAAUGUUGGUCUUGUGAAUGCAAAUGAUGGUGAAGUGAACAUUAUGGGCGACGGUUGUGAUUUACUGAAUUGUGUAUCGGAUUUAUCUGGCGAUUUUGAAGGCGUUUCUAUUCACACCGAUUCCUCAGUCUCCACUGACGCUCCGUUGAAUUAUGAAGCUGCUUCUUUAAGCGCCAAAGUUGAAAGCUUUCGUAACAAAAUUUCUGAUGGUUUCCGUAACACCGGCAAUACCAGCUCCGCCGUUACUCCCGCUACUGCCGAAGUGGCUUUUAAUUUGAAAAUCAAUACUGACGCGAUAAGUACUGGUGCCGUUCCAGCUGAUAAAAUAGUUGAGACAAUUAUCACUGGCACUAGUACCGGUACCUCAGCUGGUGCUGGUGCAACAUCCCCACAGGCGGCUAAAGGUUGA